AUGGACGAUGAUUAUUGUAGUUGGAUAGAAUUUCCGAAAUCUAGUAAAGAGUAUGUAGCAGGAAUAAAGGCAUUUUUGGAAAAUGCAUUUCCAAUUUAUGCUAAAGGACAAGAAAUGAAGUGUCCCUGCAAAGUAUGUGUGAACCGUUACUGGCACCUUCAAACUGUUAUCUAUGAUCAUCUCAUAUGUAGUGGCCCAUCUCCAUUACAUAUGAAAUGGAUCUGUGAGGUUUCACAUACCAAAGUAGACGGUAGUAAUGACGUCAUGGAGGGUUUUGAAGAUAAUUUAGGGGAAAUGUUCAAGUGUACGGGUAAAAAGUUCCGAGAUUUAGAAAAUGACUAUGAAAGUCUAACAAAUGCAGAGGCUAGAAAGUUUUAUCGCCAUGUUAGGGAGGGUAAACAACCACUAUAUCCCGGUUGCACUAAAUUCUCUCGGUUAAGUUUCCUUAUUAAACUUUAUCAUUUAAAAUGUGCUCACAGAAUUUCCGAGUCUGCCUUUGGGGAACUACUAGAGUUAAUAAAAGAUGCCUUUCCUGAUGCACACCUACCUUUGUCUCUGAAUGCCGCGAAAAACAUGAUCAAGGAUUUAGCAAAGAAAGGCAGUGAUGCUAGUCAUGAAGGGCAAGUUAUCCGCAAAGUCCCAGCGAAUGUGAUGAGGUACUUCCCUCUGAAACCUAGAUUGCAGAGGUUUUUCAUGUGCAAGGACUAUUCAAAACUAAUGACAUGGCAUGACGUGGGACGACAAAAGGAUGGGAAGCUAAGACAUCCGGCUGAUGCUCAGUCUUGGAAGACGAUGGAUGCCAUCUAUCCUGAUUUUUCAUCAGAAAAUCGGAACAUUAGUUUAGGGGUAGCCGCAGAUGGAUUCAACCCUUAUCGUUCAAUGAAUCUAAGUCACAGUACUUGGCCAAUUAUAUUGGUUAAUUACAACCUCCCGCCUUGGUUAUGCAUGAAACCAGAAAACCUAAUUCUCUCAACACUAAUAUCUGGUCCAGAAUCACCACGUAAUAGUAUUGACGUGUAUAUGCAACCUUUAAUUGCGAAGUUGAAAGAAAUGUGGGAGGUCGGCGUCCAAACGUAUGAUGCCUUGGCUGAUGAAGAUUUUAAUUUGCGUGCUAGAGUGCUAUGGACUAUUAGCGAUUUUCCGGGAUAUGCUAUGUUGUCCGGCAGGAGCACAAAAGGCAAACUAGCGUGUCCUGUCUGCCAUUAUGAAACUUCAUCACAUUAUUUAAAACAUAGCAAGAAGAUGUGCUAUAUGAACCAUAGGAAGUUUCUCGAUCCUGCACACAAGUGGAGAAUGGAUACUAAAAGAUUUGAUGGCACAAUUGAAAAGGGGCAUACUCCUCCAAUUUUAACUGGAACAGACAUCGAAGAGUUGUUGUCUGGGUAUGUAAACCAGUUUGGGCUGAAGAAGAAAAAGGGUAACAGUCAAAAAGGUUGCCCUUUCAAAAAAAAGUCAAUCUUCUUCGAUUUGCCCUAUUGGAAGCAUAAUCCACUUCGACAUAACCUUGACGCCAUGCACAUAGAGAAGAAUGUGUGUGAUAACAUAUUGGGUACUUUACUCAAUAUGAGUGGCAAGACAAAAGAUCAUGUUGCUGCUCGUAAAGACUUACAAGAAAUGGGAAUAAGAAAAACCCUUCAUCCUGUUCUAUCAGAAGACGGAACACACCAUGAAAUCAGAGCAGCAAUUUUUGACUUGUCGAAUAAAGAGAAGGAUGUGUUCUGCUCAGUUCUGAAAAAUACUAAACUCCCAUACGGCUGUGCUUCUAACAUUAGUCGAUAUGGUGUAGUGAAUGUGGUUAUGGGAAUUGCACCUGAAAUUGGGAUGCUUUACUUGCAAGCACUUAGGUAA